AUGUACAUUCUGACCGCCAUCAUGCUGGUGUGCUUCGUCCUUUCCAUCAUAUUCCUUGCAAUCGUCAUGAUUAAAGUUAACCGACCCACCGAACAUGUGCUCAUAAUUGAAUGUGGACUGAACACAUCAAAGUUCUUCCUUUUCCAAUACGGUGAUUGGAAUGGCCGCUCGAAUGCUUCGAUUCGUCUGCGCAGCUACUCACAAAUUAAUGCCGGAAUCACCUCUUUCGGUGACAAUGCUACAGCAGGUGAGGAGGCGAUUGUAAAGGAGGCGAAAGCAGUCAUGAGCAAAGGGGUUCCAGUGGACUCGAGGAAAAACACACGCAUCUUUCUGGGGGCUGUAGCGGGUGUUCGAUUGCUAGAAAAGAGGAAUGCGGAAGAGGUGCAGGCGUUGAUGGCGGCGGUGAGGAAGACGGUAGCAGGGUCUGAGUUGGUCGGGAUGGUAGAGAGCACGAGAGAUGAUGUGCGUGUGGUGAGUGACGUAGACGAGAGCUUCUACGAGUGGCUAGCAGUCAAUUAUGGAAUGGGUAAUUUUGGCAAGAGAGAAGAGGCAGUUCAUGAGGGUGGAAUGGAGAGGAUGGCGUUUGGGCACAACUACUCCCUCUACAGUGACAGCCACCUAUGCUAUGGGGUAGCCACCAUACGCGCUCGCUACCUGGCCCGCCUAACUGAAGGCGCUGAUGUGCACGUGGCUACGGCGAUGAUCAAGUUCAAGGGUGAAUACAACGCCUCCACCUAA